AUGGACGCGUCGACAGUCGUUGUGGGCGCUACCGAUCCCGGCAUGUCCUUCCUUCCUCAAGGCACUUGGAACCUCACAAAUGCAGAUACAGUCACGCUAAUGCAAGGCGGAUACCCUAGCCAGAUCCUCUAUUCCUUCCCUUCAAACGCCAGCGGCUUCCAAUGGUCUGGGUGCAAGUCCGGCUCAGGAGACGCCGCGCUCCUCUGCUUUGACUGCGACUGUUCCUCCGGUUCUCCAGGCCCGUCUGCUACAGUCCUCAGCGUGAACUUUAGUGAUUUCUCCCUGGGGAAUAGCUUGCUCCCCCCGACGGUGUUGUAUGAGACCCAGCUGGAAUGGGGGAGACAUAAUGUCUGUAUUUCGAACGCGUUUGAACGGAUGGAGCAGGUGGCAGGGCAGGAAGAGGGCGUGUGGGGCUGGAUAUUUCACUAUGAGUUUCGGGUUAAUGUUACUGAUCCUGGAGCAGGGACAGGGACGUCCACGGCUACUACAUCUACUACAUCUACGGUCACUGGCACGCCAACGAACACCCUUCCCCCAGCCUCAGCGCCCGCUACACCCGACCCGACCCCCUCUCCAGCUCCAACAGGCGCCAUCACUGGGGGGGUGAUAGGCGGGCUAGCCUUCCUCCUAGUCGCUUCCCUUACAAUGAUCUACUACUUCGGCCACUACUGCAACAUCCACCUUCCCUUUCUUCCCGCGUACCGGGGUCCGGUACGCAGAGCCCGGCUGGCGCUGGACGACGAGAGCCCCCCCGGUACACCUCCAACAGGGUCCGGUUGGAGCGCAAGCACCCCCGGCUCAGAGAGGCAGAUCUUGCCGCUCAACGCGGUUCCGGGCCGUGGCCUGCAGUCUCACUCCCGUAUGCUUUCCGACGAAGGUCGUUCACCUUCUCUCUCGCCUGCUAUCUCCCAGGCAGCAUCCCCUCGCCGCCCAUACCCGCAUUCCCCAUCCCCAUCGCGCUCGUCGAUCGCGCAGACCGAAGGGGGUGCACCCAGUUCCGAAGAAAGCGAAACGGGUCGAGCGAGCGGGAGCAGCGAUAUCCGCAGUCGGGUGACCACAGAGCCGCCGAGUUAUGACGAGGUGCUAGGGAUGGAACCGGCGCGGACGGGAAAGCGGUAG